CUCUCACACACACAGAGAAAAAGUCAUGGGCCCCUCACCUCCUCGAACUAUUCCCCAAAGUCAUCAAAUCCCUCGAAUCUCAGCGGUCCAUCGCUUUGAUCCAACGGUCCCAUUUACUCGUGGUCAGUAGCAGCAGCAGUUAUUAGUCACCCUCCUCUUUCGCUCCCUUCUCAUAAACCCUAGAAUCUGCAAUCUAGACCCCGCAGCCACCGUUUCUACGUGAAUAGUUUUAAAUCAGACGGGAAUUCGUCAUAAAAUUAAGAAGCCCACCGCGAGUAAUUCGUGGGAAAGUUUCGUCUUAGACGAAGAAAGGGAUGAUUUGAUCUUUUCGAGACAGUUUACUUCGGGGCGAAAAUGAGUUGAGAAAAAUAUCUGGGGUGUGUGGUGGGUCCGAGUUGCGACGAGUUUAUCCGAGUUUACUGAGUUGAUGCCGUCUUUUUGGGUGUGGGAGUCGUGUGGAUGAGUGUGAUUUUUGGUUGCAUCCUUGGAGGGAAAUGAAUUUUGGGUCGGGUUUGGCUGAGUUGGGACCAGGUUGUUGUCCGAGUUUGAUUUGGGAUUUAUUCUGAUUUAUCUGUUGAGAGUGUGAAGUUAGCGGAGGUCUAGCUAAGGAAGUUGCCUUUUGUGAUAUGGAGCACAUGGCUAUUUUGUCGCUUGAUUGAUUAAGCGCAUCAGUUCCGCUUCUGGUUCUUGGAGUAGUGGGGAGGGAGAUUGAGUGCUCCUGAGUUCGUAUUUCUUGAAUUUGGACGAGUCGAGAUGUGUGAAGUUAGUCGAUUUAAGCUUGACUUGUGAGAAAUCACUGUGCUUCGCGAUAGACUAAGACUCAGUCUUUAAAGGUGGUUCAUAUUUAAUUCUGAAGAGGAAAAUUGAUUCUGGGGCUUCGCCUAGCAGGAAUAAGCGCAAGCAGAUGCCUUCAGUGGGAAUGAGAAGAAGUACAAGGGUGUUUGGGACACGAGUUUUGCGUUCAGGGAGGAAGCUGUGGACGGAACCUCAAGAGGGCGGCAAAAACGUGAGAGCAACUUAUGGUGAAAAUAAGUUCCAGGAACUUCUUGACAAUACUGCUGAUGGAGGUGGGGACAUUGAUGGCCGUCGCAGGAAACUGUGGCAGGAAGAUGAAACGAGCGCUUCACUUGAUAUGAGUGCAGAACCUAAAAUGGAAGAGCGUGAAACUGGUGGUGUAGAGGAAAAAAAUGUGGACAGGAGGUGUGGAAUUGUGUACAAGAGAAAAAGAAAGAGGGCAGAGUUGACAGCUGCUGACCUAGUAGAAGAUGGCCGGUUUGCAAAGAAGUACGUGAGGAAACAAUGGAGGAAGCGAUGUAGAGCCUCUGAAUCGUUUGGUGCUUGUGGAGGCAUACGGGAUUCUGUUAGGACUCGAGAACUUGCUAUUGUUGUGAACGAGUCUUCUUAUGAUUGUUAUUACUGGAUUACUUGCUUCUUGACCUCUCUGCUUAGCUACAUGGCUAGGGCCAGAAUUGGGAUGAGGCAGUUAUCUGCAUUUAUGUUAUCAAAACCGAUGUCUGAUGCUUAUUCCUCUUGUGGAAUGCUUUUUCUCCAGGAUCCUAUUACUGCCGUGAAACCCUGUGUCUGUAUAGUUACUGGAUCCAGAUCUACGAUGCCAUUGUUUUCUGUUAAUAUUUUUGCAAUCCCACCUUUCUUUGUGCACAUACAAACAAGUGUGUUUCUCAGAUCUGCGCAUUUAGAUUGCUUGCUAGUCCGACAAUGUGAGAAUGAUGAGGAAUUGAUAAAUGUGGACGAUGAUGCUGAAGAACCCUCAUUUCAAAUUCCGUCUUUGAGAGACCAACCAGAUUGUGCUCAUGAAGCAUCUGAAAUGUCAACAGGAAGUGAAAUAUCUUUCCAUAAUGUCGCAGUGUCUGAUAAUGAUACUUCAGGAGGGAAGCAGUUGGGACAGUCAGCUGCUGGAUUUCCCAAAUCUGCUCUUCGAAAUUUGCAAUUGAGAAACAGCCGUAGUAUCCAGAAAAGGCGUAGUUCUUUGAGGCGUAAGAGAGGUAGGCCACCAUCUGCUUUUAGAGCUCAGAAGGGUAAGGGAGCUUUAGCUUCAGAGCUUUUCAGGAUUAGACAUGACGGUUCCCAAUUCCUUGCUGCAUCUCCUAGUCGUGUACACAGAAGUCCCGAUAAGAGGAGAUUGACGACUAACAUCAGAGAGCUGAAAUCUGCUAUGGGAGCGACAACCCAGGAUGUGUGCGCCAGCAGCUGUUCUGCCAACCUGUUGAUUACCGAUACCGAAAAGUGCUAUAGAGUGGAAGGAGCCACUAUUGCUCUAGAAACAUCUGCUUCGAAACAAUGGUUACUCUCUAUUACUAAGGAUGGAACGAAGCAAUGCAGUCUCAUUGCUCAGAAGGUCAUGAGACCAUCUUCUUCUAACCGCUUCACUCAUGCUGUAAUAUGGGCCAGCGAUGGUAGUUUGAAGCUUGAGUUUCCUGAUAAACAAGAUUGGUUGAUUUUUAAGGAACUGUACAAGGAGUGCUCUGACCGGAACAUGCAGACCCCUGCAGCUACUAGUGUUAUUCCUGUACCUGGGGUGCAAGAAGUAUCCAUUCCCAAUGAUCAGUACAUCCCAUUUGUGAGACCGGAGUCCUACAUUACUUUGAAAAAUGAUGAGCUAAUUAGGGCUUUGAUGAAGAAGACUGCCAACUAUGAUAUGGACUCUGAUGACGAGGAGUGGCUGGCAAAACUCAAUAAUGAGUUGUAUGUGGGGAAGGAGCUGCAAGAAUUUAUCACAUCCGAGAAUUUUGAAUUGGUGAUUGAUGCUCUGGAAAAGUAUCUUCAUUCCAAUCCAGAUGAGCAUGUAGAUGAGCAAGCAGCCUGUGAUUUCUCUAUGCAUCUGGAAAGAAAAGAAGUCAUAGAGGCUAUCUAUAAGUACUGGAUUAGAAAGAGGAAGCAGAAACGCUCAGCUUUAGUAAGGGUUUUCCAGCUCUAUCAGCCUAGAAGAAGUCAAGUGAUCCCAAAAUCUGUUUUAAGGAAGAAACGAUCAUUUAAACGACAAGCAAGCCAGGGUGGGAGAGGCAAACAACAGCCUUUAUUGAAAGCAAUAGCAGCCGAACGAGAUGCUUUGGAACAGAAAAACAAUGUACAUAAAUUGCAAGAAGCAAAAGCUGCUGCAAACAAAUACGAGGGUCUGGCUACUCAGAAGCGUCACAGAGCGCAGAUGCUUAUGGAAAAUGCCGACUUAGCUACUUAUAAAGCGAUGAUGGCUCUUAGGAUUGCUGAGGCAGCUCAAGUUGAUGAAGCCCCGGAGAGAGUUACGUCGUUAUUCCUUGGUUGACUCAUCCGGUUGAGUGGUGAUGAUCGGAUCUCAUGAAUGAUGGCCAAUAAUUUUGAGAGCUACGGAAGGGUGAUUACUGCUGCGUCUGAGGUUGGUUGAUUGGGGGGUAAGAAGUAUUGUAAUUUUGUAUAGAUUCUGAUUGAAUGUAGAUUAGUAUGCUUACAACCUGACAUCGGGAUCUUACAAUGAGGCUCGGGCAGUUUGUUGGAAUGAGAUUCGGGAUGUAGGAAAGAAUAUAGAAAAAAAAAGAUUUGAUCAUAAAUGGCCUGUUUGUGUCUCUGUAAUGGGGAUUUUGUAACCAUGGCACACCCAACAAUUGGCUAUCUCUGUAUUAAAUUGUGUAUAGUUUUCCAUCUCUUCUGCUAUUUUAGGAUUCAACAUUUUACAUAUUUAGGCUAUAAAAUCUGCUUUUGUUUUGUUUGCAA